AGGUCAACGACCAUCAGCAAAGAGAAUGCGAGGUCCUGCCUCGAAGCAGCUGGAGCUGCUUAUCAAGAAGAUGACAAAACCUUGAGCUGUGUGGCAGACGGUUGCAAGGUGUGCGUCACCAUAGAGUCCGAGCGCAUGAUCAUUGCCUUUCGGGGCACUGAUAAUCUCGAGAAUUUCUUCACAGAUCUUGAUAUCAAGCUGAUUCCCUACUUACCGGGGCAAGGCCACGUACACCAAGGUUUCUUCAAGGCUUUCCAAGCCUUGCAGCCUCUCCUCGACGACGUGCUGCAGCCCGGGAAGAUCCUUCUCUUCACAGGCCACAGCUUGGGAGGUGCCCUAGCGACCUUGAGCGCCCUGCACGCGGCCGCGAGCGGCAGAAGCAUCCAAUGCGUUACCUUUGGGUGUCCCAAAGUGGGAGAUGAGGACUUUGCCCGUUUCUACAUGCAGCAAGUGCCGCAGACCUGUCGCUACGUGAACAAGUUCGACCCGGUGCCGCGGCUGCUGCACAACUCAGCGCGACCCAGGGACGAUGCCGACUUGUUCCACUGGAUGCUCUCAAAGCUGAUCAAGUCGCCACAAGCGCAGCUCGCAGGCGGAGAAUAUGCGCACGUCUGCGACGCAGUGCAGUUGGACUCCGGAGCCAUGUCCAGCGUCAACCACUGGCGCGCCGUCGCAGCGUGUGUCGGGUGGCUGACCGGCAGAGCUGGGGAAGAUCGACGGCAAGAGGCCUGGCGUAAGGCUCUCGUUCCGCAUGAUGUCAGCAUCUACAAGCAGAACUUCGAGCAGAAGCCUUCCUUCAACUUCGACUCUAUGAACAUGAAGGACCUGCAGCUUCUGCUUCAGAUUGUCAGACGUUGUCCCAGUCCCAUGCUGGUGGCUGCGGCCGCUGCGGCAGGCUUGGCGAUCCUGAUGUUGUGGAGAAUGAAGGCCACUGAAGCUGCCUCACCAGAGCUGCGACGUUGGGAGACGGAAUUGCAGACUGCCGCGGACAGCAGGUCCUGUGAUGCUUCGCAAGCUCAGCUGGAGUUGGACCUUGCUGCUGACAAGGAGGAUCUUUGCCAGCAGUUAGAUGUCCUCUGCCGAGCAACGGCCGCAGCCAUUCAGGCGGCGCCAGGAGAGGGCGAUCCCUUACACCAUUUGGACCCCUGGCGUCGCCUUGCUCCUCUCAUUGGCAGAUUCCUCUGGAACUCUUCGAGCUGGCCCGGAGAAUGGCUGGAGUUGCUCCCAUCCAUCCAUCAUUUCCAAGACUUGGCCUUGGACAUGGAGGGGGAAGCAACGCUUGCCUGGGCGCCAGACAGUUUUGAGGCGCGGGUUACUCUGGCUUUUAGCGAGAAGCUCCGCGGGAAUCAGCUACCUGAAGCUGCGCGUGAGUGGUUUACCAGUUACGGGCUGCUGGUCCCCGAGUUGCCGAAGUGUCUGGAAGCCUUGGAUUAUGACAGCCCUGAGUCCAACAGUCGACGCACCGCCGUCAAGACUAUGGUGGCGUUGAUGGCCGAAUUCAUGCACUCGUGGCCACCCGCCUUGCUGGUGGCCACCCUGCGCCGUAUCAACCGCAUCGCUGCCACAGAUUCCAACAAGGAGGUUAGGGAUUUUGCAGCAGAGAGCUUGGCAGAGGCGAACUCAUUGGUGGGUUUGAGGCCAUUGCUAUCCUGCAGUCAACAUCAGGACCCCAAGCUGCGACGCCAUGCCACAAAGUUGCUGAAGGACAUCUGGGAGCACAGCCUUUUAGGUCCUGGCUGGGUGAUCGAGGAACUGCAGCAGUUGCAUUUUGACGCCCACUACAGUGACGCGGCUGAGGAAGCCUUGAGCUACCUCCGCAGCCAGUCACCAGAGCUGGUGGAGCUGCUGCACGAUCCCAGCGGGCUUGGGGUGUUUGCCAGUGGAGCCUCCAUGGCAGCACCCGUGGCAGUGGAUUAAGGGACGAUUUUGCGUCCUUGGAAGCCACGGAUGAUGUGGUUGAAGCGGCAAUGGUGUGCCCUGCACAUGGGGAUCUUUACUGUGGUCAUGUGUGGUAUGCGCCUGG